AUGCACCCGAAUCAGGGCCCUGACGGCCCUCCGCCUUCGCUUUCGCCGCCUCCUCAGGCUGGCGUGGCGGCUGUUCCUUUCCCGUCGUUUUCUCCCCCUCCUCUUCCCCCCGUUCCAUUCAGUCGCCAUGAGAAUUCUUCCGUUCCUUCGCUGCCUCUCUCGUUUUCUUCCCCUCUUUCCCCCUCUUCGGCUCCCACGGCGGGGCGUCUCAUCGGCCAACCGCGGGUCGGACCCGAAACCUUGUCGCUGGAUCAGAAUGCCGCCUCUUCUGCCGCCGCCUCUUCUGCCGCCGCCUCUUCUGCGUCGAACUUCCCUUCCGGUUCCCCACCCUCUUCUGCCUUUUCUUCCGCUUCAUCUCCGCUCUCCCUCGCCCCCUCUGCGUUUUCGCAGUUCUCGCAACAAACAGAAAAACCUGCGCCGACAGAAGGCGCUUGGGCCGAUACUGGCGCGUCUCUGGUCCAGGGCGAGUCCUCGCCGUCGUCCUGCUCGUCGCCCUCGCCGGCGGCCUCGCCCCGCCACGCUUCUGCGUGCUCCGCGCCUGUCUGGGCGUCGUGCGAAGCCGUCGACUGGGCUCUGUCUUACCCUUUUUCUCUUCCUUUCUCUGUCCUUCCGACCUCGACGCAAGCGCUUCUGGGCUAUCCGCGGAGUCUGCGCUUCGUGUCCCGGCUGCUCGCCCCUCUCGUCCCCUCCGCUUCUGCGUUCGAGCCGUUCCAGAAAAAGAGAGAAACGAACGCGCCAAUCGCCUCGCUCCUCGAAGAAGUCCGCCAAACGCUCUCUCCGAAACUCGUUGGCGGCCUGCAGUAUGUGCAACGGACGAUCGACAACUUGGAUGACGCACUCUGGACCAAAUUGCAACACCUUCUGAAUAAACCGAACGACGUGCACGCGUUCCAGAGCUUCCUCCUCGACGUCAUCGCCAGAGUGAAAUCUUUGGCCCCAGGGGCGACGGCGAUCUUCCCCGGCGGCGUUUGCAUGGACGCAGAGAGCCGCCCUGUGUUUCUGCUGUUCCUCGUUCACCGCCUCCACAAGAACGCGUCGUCCACAUUUCCGCCCUAUGGAGAGGGACCAGGGGGCUACGCGUCUGCAUCGUACGCCUUCGCAGUCAUCAACGCCUCCGGGUGCGGUUCCGAGUUCCACGCCUACCGCCUGGAACAGUUCCCUUCCCCAGGCGCCAUCCAACGGGACUUGCUGCUGGUUUUGGAAGACGUGAAUCCCGACCACCUGGUUCACUCGUCGUUCUGGUUCUCGCUCUACCGCCUCCUGUUGUCGCCCUCGCCCACCAACUUCCACGUGCUGUACACGGUGAUCCUCCCUCACCUCAACGGGAAGCCUCUGCUGCACAACUGGUUGGUGUCUUCGCCCUCGCCAGAGUCCUCCUUCGUCUGUCUCGCGGCGCCGUCCACGGCUUCCUGGGGCUCCAGCGUGCUGUCCUCGGUGGUGGCGGCAGUCGGCGGGGCGAGCCAGGCGAAAGCGGCGGCGACAGGCCGCGAGGAGGAAGCGAAAGAUGCGCAGGAGCCGGACCUAAGCGGCGCCUCGCUUGUGAAGCCUGCGAAACUCGGCGGAUGCUGGAGACCCUCGCCGCAGCUGCGAACGGCAGGAUCUUCUAUCCAGGGCGCUCAAGCAGUUGUCGUCUUCCUUCUCAGAUGUUUCGGUUUAUCUGAAGAAGAGGCCGCGAGUGGAGAAGUCUUCGUGCACCUCGGGUUCGCUCUUCUUCUUUUGGAAGAUCUCUGUCGCAUGCCCGCCCUCGCGAGCCCGUCGCCUUCCCCGGAUCCGCAGCUGUUGCCGGCGCUCGCCCGUUGGCUGAAAACGCGGAGUUCUGGGGAAAGUUCGCAGGCCCUCGCUUCCGCGUCUCCCGCGGCUUUCGCUUUCGACCGCCCCCAGGCGCUGCUGGUCUCCUUCGCCAUCCAGAACCUCGGACGUCUCGCCAGCGAACAGGCUUGGCAACGCGCCUUCGCGUCUGCUCGCACGCCGCUCCUCGCCCCGCAGUACAGAUGCAUUUACAACGCGCUUCUGCGUUUGAAGGGCGAGAUGAACUCGCGCCUCAGUCUCGCAGCCCGCGGCUUCGGCACCGGUGAAUGUACACUCCAGCUCGCUGCCUGUACACCGGAGAUUCGGUUUCCCGGCGUCGCGGCGUUCCCGCACUUUGGCAGCUUCCGGCUCGACGGCGCCGCCCCCGACACGGACGCUGGGCAGGCCGCUGCGCUCCCCUUUCCGUUGCCUGUCGACCUCAGUUCCGUGGCGGAGAGAAUCGAGACGAUCGACGGCGUUCUUCGCGCGCUCAGGAAAGCCGUCGAGGCCUGCGUGCUGCUGGCGAAUCAGGAGACGCGAAUCCCCAACUCCUACUGCUUCCGAUUCCAACUGAUCGUGCUGCCGCUCCCGCUGCCCCAAACCGAUCCGCUCGUGUCGCAAAGUCUGUGGCACGCAGCGGCGCUUCGCCGAGACACUCAAAUCGAGUUGCUGCGUUUGCUGCAUGCGCUCGCGCGCCACUUUGCCGCGACUUUCUUCUCGCUGCCCAACUCGCGGUCAAUGGACGCGGAGCGCCUGACGACCAUGGCGGCGCUCUGCUGUCUAGCCGACUGCAUUUUGCGGCUGCCGGCGUGCGACGAGCCUUCGACGGUUUCGCUCUUCUACUCGGGGCUCGCCGACGGCCCCGUCCAGCCGUUUGUCUUCGACAUCUCGGGCUUCGCCGAGGAGUCGUCUUUCCUCCUCUUCUACGACCCCGUGUAUGCCACAGCCAGGACGCAGAUUUUGGAUUACUUUAGCGCGCUUCGCCGCGAAGUGCCUGCGUCGCACAUUAUGUUUGCGUGGGAGAAAGGGCUUCAUUUGGGUCAGGGCGACCGUUUGUUUUUGGAGCACCUCGCGGUGUCGUGGGCGUUUCCGCGGCAGCGGUCGAGCGUGGAGUUGUAUCUGUCCGGCGAGAAGAGCGAGGUCGUGGACUUCUUCCCAGAGUUCGCGUAUCUCCGAGACGUGGUUUUCAUGUUCAAGGCCUUGAUGACUCCCGCGGCGAAUGCGUUGCCCGAUCUCCGGCGGUGGUCGGUCGCAGACGCCGCUCUGCGCUGGCGGUUCGAUCCUACCGAGGAGCGCUUCUGCGUCACCGCGUUCCAGAAACAGCUGAACUGCUCCUUCUUCGGGAAGGAGAACGACUACUACGAGAAGGUGCGCAGCCAGAAGGCCGGGGCGUUCUAUCGCCAAAGCCUGUUUCAGCGCCUCGCGCAGUGGCUGGGGGUCGGCGAGAAGCCGCGGGCGCCGCCCUCGGGCGCCGACCCCUCGAACCUGUUGCCGCCAGCUGCGCUCGCUGCCGGGGACCGCAUCACUUCGGAGGAAGACGUGCUGUACAUCAAGAAGUUGCCCAGCUUCAACGGGAGUUUGCGGCCGCAAGACUGCGAGUUGCUCCUCCAGUAUCUCACGGCGCCGUACCUGCGCAUCCCGCUCGUGACGCAGUUCUUCACGGAAGAGGGCCGCGCGGACGCCCUCGUGUUGCCGCAGCUCCAGCAGGUGUUCUCCGCGGUGCUCUUCGAGCCGUGGCACUUUCAACACGAAGAGAAGAAGGAAGCUCCGGACCGCGUUCCGCCCUCGAACCGGAACUACCUCGCGACGCCGCUCGGCCUCCUGUUCAACGAGUUGCAGUACUCGCCCCAGACGCUGCUCUCGUCUCUCGGCGAACUUCUCGGGAUCGCCAUCGACCGCGAAACCGGUGCCUACGACGGCCCGAGUGCCCUCUUAUUCCUCUAUGUGAUUCGCGUUACCGUGCGGGUGCAAAGCUACGUCCUCUUCAUCCUGCGACACGACCAGUACUGGAGCCGCGGAUGGACGGGCGCAGCUGUCCCCUCAGCCAGCGAGGUCGGCUGGCGCCGCGCGGCCGGCGGCGACAAGGGACACCUGGGGGCCGACCGGGGAGGCGACGGCGAGCGCCCCGCCCAGGCGGCACAGGGAGGCCGAGCAGAGCCUGCAAGCCACAGAGAGACAGAGGGGAGAGACUCGACUGCCUCGGCGCCGAAUCCGCUCCCGAUGAGUCGCAGUGGAUGGGCGGCGCGUGUGCGGGGCCUGGAGCCGCUUUCGAGCAAAACGCUCGGGACGCUCCAAACCUGGCAGGAGAAACUCCAGGCUCGGCUCCACGGCGAAGUGCUCCAUCUUCUGGAAACUUGGGCUUACAAGGCAGUGGCGGACUCGGACAUUCGCGCGGCCUGCCGGCUGUACGCCCACAUUGCUCUCCUGUACCAGAACUGCGUGUGGGAAGACUUGGACGCGCACUCUGUCUCGGCCUUGCUCGUCUCGCUCUUCUUCAUCUUCUCCCACCACAAAUUCUCGCUCGAACUUCCUCUCAGCGCCGCCUUCGCGUCCCCGUCCGGCGGCGCCCCGCCGCCCUCCUCGGGCCCGGCCUGCGCCGUGGCGCCGGCCGGCGUGUCUCCGAGCCCAACUAGCGGGGGAGGCGCCGGCGUCCCUUUUCUGGGCGCGGUGUCGCCGAGCGCAGGUAUUUCCGGGGGCAGCAUCUCGGGAUUCGGCUCGCGAAAUCCGGUGUUCACCAACAGCGCAACCGCUGCGGCGAUGGGCGGGAAGCGUGCCUCGACGACUGGAGGCCUGGGGACAGUCGGAGACAGUGCGGGAGACAGUGGGGUCGGGCCUGACCUUGGGGGCGCGUCUGGCGCCUCGGGGUCUGGGAGCGAGGACGCCGAGUCGCUCCUCGGCGGGGAUCCGCUCGGACUGUCGGACAUUGCAAUCUUCCAGAUUCUUCAGCAGCACCGCCUGCAGCUGCUCCGCUGGCUGGAAUCGCACCAGGGGGACAAGGGGGCGAACGAGGUCUUGGAGGCGGUCGUUCGCACGGCGACCUUCACGGGAAAGCGCGCGUGUCGCGACCCCGAGAAUGUCCUGUCUCUUAUCUGUGGAGCCCAAGAGGAGGGGACAGCUCGCGGGCGCGGUGGGGACACCAGUGCAGAUCUGCUCGGUCUGGAGGAGGACGGCGAGAAGGAAGGCCGAGGCGCCGGAGACGAAGCUAAAGGCCCGCGAGAGACAGUGGUCAGCCUCCUUUCGACCGGGACUGGAGACGCCGGCCUCGGAGACCUCUGCGGCGACGGAAGAAGAAGACGAGGUGAAGACGACGCCCUCGUCGUCAGAGAGUGGCGAGAAGUCGGAGACCCGGCCGCGGGCAGCCUCGGCGGGCGCGGGCGAUUCGCGCCGGUGACGCAGGCGGCUGCCGGCGCGCAAGGGCCCGAGGAGAGGCAGCGAAGCCAGUCGGCUGAACGGGGCGGGGAAAGUGAAAAACGAAAGGAGCCGGGCGCGGCAGAGACGGUGGUGAGCCGACUCAAACGGUUCGUGGGUGCAAGAGACACGGGCGAGGAAGAGAAGGCGGCCCCCGGGGACUCCGGAGUGGAGCGAUACGAGAGAUGGCUUCGCAGACAAAUCGACGUGCCUGGAGACACAGAAAUCAAUCUCCAGCUCGCCGAGUUCACUUUGAAGCGAAACCAGAUGGAGAUGUUGGGGGAGUGGGCGAACGACUUCGCAGACUUCACAGAUCUCUUUGGUCGCGUGUCGAGUGAGGCUUCCUUCCAGUGCGCCUUGGUCGCAAACACCACUGAGCGGCUCUGGUGCCGUUUGGUGGGGCGCCGCUACGAUUUGCAGCGGUGGGAACCGCCGAGCUCCGACGCGUUUCUCUCUCGCGGCCCGUUCGCUUCGCUCCUCGAGGACUUCACGCGGGCGUACACGCCCUUCUCGGUCUCUUCGCUCUCAGCAGAGGAGGCGUGGAUCGCCUCGGUCCUCGAUCCCUGGCUCGCCAAGGGCGUCCUGCCGCCGACCGCUGUGCUUCUCCUCCCCCGCAUGCAGCCGACGCGGUACAUCGCCGUAGCCUCGUCCUUCUUCACCUCGGGCGCGCAGACGCUCAAGAGCGUUUUCGGCGCCGAGAAAUCGAACCCUGCGUCUCCAGCUGCUGGCAAGCCAAGCCUCGAGGGGGCGCAGAAGGGCGAGGCGGGGAGCGACGCCGCACCCGGGGCGGAGACGGUGGGAGCAGAAGGCGAGGCGCCUGGCGCUGGAGGGGACAGCGUCCAACCUGCCUGUGUCCGACUCCUCUGUUUCUGUCCCCUCGAGGUGGUGACGCCUGGUGGUCGCGGGCGCGUGGGGACGGCCCGCGGCGACGGCGCACGCGGCAGAGACGCGGAGCCUUUCCGCGAGGGCGACGGGGGCGGCGCGCUUGCUCCGGGAGAAGGCGCGAGUGCGUUCAACGCGAAUGUCUUCAUCCCGCCGCUAAUCUCCCACUACCACCCGCUCGGCAUUCAAGACAUGGCCACGAUUCUCGCCAAAGAUGACGACAGGCAGAGCACCUCUGGCGACGGCGUUGCAGCGGCUCUUCUGAGCGGAGCGGCAGCGACGAUUUCCGAGCUGUCCGGCGUCGGCGCGGCUUCCUCUGCGUCUUCCUCCUCGUCGCCUUUGCCUCCCACCGUUCGCGUUUUGAAGGAAAUUGUCGUCCACAGAGAGCCGCCUCUCGUCCUCGUCUUCAACCUAGUUGAGCACGGCCGGAAACUCUUCCGCGAGCUCUGCUACGCCUCCGACGCGCGUCACAGCCUCGACUCCGUCCCCUUCAAACGCCUCGACGAAGUCGGCUUCUCUCCCGCGUCUCCUCUUCCUUCCCUCUCCUCUUUGUCUCCUGGUUCUUUGUCUGCUUCAGUUUCUUCGUUGCUGUGUUCGCCCGCUCCUGCGCUGUGCACCGGGCUGCCAGCUGCCUUUCCGCGCACCGGGUGGCGAGGCCCUGUCUCCUUUUGCUCUUCUGUGAAGGACACCGGGGCCCAGAAGGAGGAGACAGGGGACAAGGCGAAGGAAAGCGCCAAGGCUGGAAGGACGCGAAGCGAACUGAGAGCGGCGUGGCCAACCCUCGUCGUCGCCAGAAACCUCGACGCCGGCACAGGCGAGGAAAUCUACGUCCCAACGCGAUUCCUCAGGGGAUUGAUCCCCUAUGCCCUGUUGGAGGAUUACGAAUUCUGGCAGCGACUGCGCGACGGGCGGAUUUGCGGCUCGCCGCGCCCGCGGUCUGCGUCGCGCGCGACGAGUGCCCUGGUCGCCCGAUCGGUCAUCCACAUCCAUUUGGUGCACACGCGAACGCAAGGCAAGAACUGCGUGGCGCUGGCUGACGCCUCUGCAGUCGUGCAGCGCGUCGCGGUUCGCACGAAGCGCCGGAGCCCCGCUCUCGCGUCGUCCCUGUCGCUCCGCGAGGCGGCUCGGGGCGAGGGUGACGACGAAGGCGCGCAGAAACGGCGAGACGUGGGGUCGGGAGACGAGGGCGACGCUCAGGGGGUGCAAACCCUGUUCAAUUUGCAACUCGUCGAUCGGUCCAGUCCCCUGUUCGACGUCGUGGAGAGCUUGAAGCGUGUGGAGGAGCUCAGCUACAUUCUCGCCUGGUCGACCGGUGGUCAGCAACCGAACGGGCUCGCAGACGCUGCUGCCCUUCGCCAGCCGCUUGCGCUGGACCUCAUUGAGAUGCCCAGACUGGGCUUGACGUUCAGGGCGCAACGUCCGCCGGUUCGUUCGACUUCAACUUCGCAAGGGAAGGCGGCGCCUUCGUUGUGCACAAAGUACAUGUGCGAGCAGCACAGCGGCCUAUUUUUGUCGACUGGGGAGAUCUUGAAGUCGCCGUUGACUGCGCGGUUGAUCCAAGGUCUGCUGCCGUCUCUGCUCCUCUCGAACGAAGAAGGCGAUCUGUUUCUGCUGCUCGCCGCCACGGCGAAGCCGUACCGCGUGUUUGGGCGCAGCGCGCUCGCCGCGUCUCUCGGAGUCUCCGCGACCGCGCACCUCUCGGGAGGCGACGAAGACGGGGCCUUCUCGGGCGCGACGGCGGGGGGCGUCUACGGCGAGGCAGGCGGGGGGAGCGACGCGAGGAAGCGCGAGGAGCGACAAAAAGAAAAGGGUUCGACCGGUCAGCUGGCUGCGCCCAACACAGUCGGCCAAGCCGUGGUCGCCUUCAUGCGGGGCGGGAAGGACCAAGGCGAAGGAGAGAAAGGAUGCAUCCAGAGUGCGCAGCAGCUCCUCGAUCUCCUCGAGCCGUCGAUCGUGUUCGACUCCUCCGACCCUCACUGGCUGUGCUCGUUGCGAGGCUCUCGGCACUACGUCUACCCGAUUCACUCCUCACGGUCUUUCCUCUUUAUCCCCACUGCGGCUGCUGGGCUGUAUCUGUUGCUCCUGCGGUACCUCGCGCGCAUGUACAGCGAAGUGUGUCGGCUCGUGGAGACGAUUGUCUUUGCGGAAGACGCCGAAAAGACCUCGCUGGAGGAGCAGCAGAUUUGGGCGCGGAUCGGCCAGCUGCAAAUCUACAGCCCCGACUUCCACCCCGACGCACACGCAUGCAGAAUCAAGAUCUGGCUCGCCGCUUACCGCCAGGGUCUCACGGGCUCAGUCGCCCCCAGCGAGAAGGCUGACGACGCUCGCCCAGGCGUUGCGUCCUCGUUCGCGUCCCUCCCGGGGGCCGCGGCUGAGGGCCCGGGCGGCGAAAGCGAGGGCCGAGACGGCAGAAAGCGAUCGGUGAAGAAGGCUGGGUCCAAGACGCCUUCCUCGACUGCGGGCGCGCUUCUCGGAGCCUCGCUCCCUGGACGGCCUGGCGGCGCUGGACGCGAUCGAGACAGAGGUUUGCCCGGGCGUUCCGGUCCCCGGCGUCCGUUGCCUCCUGGGAAGAAGCGCAAAGGCGGGAAGUUGUCCUGGUUGCCAGCCUUUUCGUUGGCUCCCAAGUCGAGUUUCGCGUCUUCGCGGCUCUUUGACGAGUCGCGCCCGCUCGCGGCCUCGCUCGCAGACCCUCGCGGGGCGGACCCUGACGAGGGCGCGCGCGCGGCGCGCGACGGGCCGCGUCCAUCUCCGGGGCUCGAGUUCGCGUCCGCCUCCCAGUUCCGGUCCUUCUUCGCCUCCUGGGACAUCUCCGGGGAUCUGCUGCUCUACGUGCGGAAGUCGCGCUUCGUCUCCGCCGCCUGUCGCCUGUCCCUCGACGAAGAGUUGGAGUUGCUCCGCCUGUGCCCCACGCACCUCCAAGCCUUGCCGGAGGUCGGCAAUAGGAUCACGGUUCUCGCGGCGAUGCUCGAGGGGAAGAACGCGACUCCAGGGAAAGGCGCCUCCGCCGGGGGGACCCAGCAGCCCGACGCCAGUGCGAAGGCUUCCAAGGCGACCCGCGAGGAACAGCGUCAGACCGCCAGAGAAGAGACGCGCGACCGACGGGGCGCAGACUCUGCCACGGUCGAUCUCUCAGCGGCGCCGUGCGCGGCUGAGCCCGGGGCGAGUGCCCAGCCUGCGCUCGUGACCCUGUCGGCUUUGGCGGCGCCGGCAGUCCCCCACAUCGACGACUUUGACGCCGUAGAGGAGGCGAGUUGUCUCACGGCCGGCGAGGACUCCUCGUGGGCGACGUUCCUGGAUGCGUGCGCGAACUUUGUCUCGAACUUUGCGGUUCGACGCGCCGACCAGGAGGACGCGCUCCAGGGUCCCGAGGCGCUCACCUUCGUGGGGAAGCUGCUGGACAACGGCAUUCGCCUCUCAGAUUUCCUCCUGCUCUACGAGCUCCUGACGAACGCCUUUCCGCUGCGAGUCUUCCCUGGCGAGGCGCCGCAUCUCUGGGGUGCGGUUCUGACGCGGUGUCUGCCGUCCUGGGACGUGAAAUCGAAGAACAAGAGCGUGGCGAUUCUCCGGGUGCUGAUGGCGAAUCCAGGCCUCGCGGCGAGCUUCCCGCACCUCCAAGAGAGCGACAAGAAGUCGCGUCUCCCGUCUCUGGGCCUCGUCUUCCGAACGCAGGAACCGUUCCAGAAACUCCUCAAGGAGAUCCAGCAGACGCUGGCCGAGUUGAGUCGCGGCGGGAAACUGCGGCAGCCGCCAGUGUUGCCCCCCGGCCUUGCGCGGCGCAUCCCGAACGCCGUCGACAUCUGGACAGCUGACGCGUGGCAGAAUCGGUGGGCCUUGUCUCUGCGCGUCUUCGACUACUCCUGCGCGUCUCGGACUCUCUUCCCCGUCGACGGCAAGCGGUACGCGGCGGUCUUCGCCGUCUUUGUCGAGCAGCAAAAGUUCCUGCAAGUCCUCGGCGCUCAGGGUCGCGUGGUCGGCGCGAAGGGGCGAGAGGAGAGAACGGCGGAGAGAACGGGCGACGGCGCUCCCGAGGGAGCCAGCAGUGCGCGGCAGGAGACAGGAGACAGCCGAGAAGGCAGAAAGGACGAGGCCGAGGACGCGCGCGAUAGCCCCUCAGCCGAGGAGGUUCAACUCACGGCGCAGGCGAUCGAAGCCUUCGCCUCGCAGCCUCUGGCAGGCAUCGGGCUGAACAACUUCGUGGCGUGGGAGAAAGAAGAGGAAAACCGAGACGAAAAGGGAAACCGAGACGGCAAAGGCGGCACGUUGCCUUUCGUCCUCGAUCACCACCCCGCUGCUCAGACGCGCAUUGGUCAGGCGACCCUCCAGAGACUGCGACAUGAGGUUCAGACCUACGAAGAACAGGUUUCGAAGCGCCUGCAGCCGAUCCUCAAAGGUUUUUCUCGCGCCGAGGUGGACGCAAUGCUGCGCUCGUCCGCUGCGUUGGCGAAGGUCGUCGCGUUUCUCUCAGCCCUCCGGCAGCGCCUGUUCCAGGCCUUCCUCGCGGACGGGCGCUUCGUCGAUCGGGCGAUUCGCCUUAUCUCUGCGAUUUGCAAUUCGCUUCCGGGAUUCGAUCCCUCGCAAAGUGCGGAGAAGCGAGAGGAGCAGCGCGAACCCGAAAAAGAUUUCGCUGCCUCGACGGCGACGACGGCGGCGUUCGAAGCUCUCCUCACGCAAGACUCCCAGGCUGCGCGGUUUUUGGGUGGGAGAGCGAACGGCGGAGACGCGCGCCUCGUCUGCCAGUGGCUGUGUGAAGACUCGCGGCGAUCGCAGAGAGGCGGGAGACUCAAAGACAAACAGAAGGCCCUGGCGCAGCUCCAGUGGGCCUUCACGCUGGGCAAACUCGCCGGCAGCGAGAUGACUCUCUCCUUCGACUUCCUCGUCUCCCUCAUGAUGAGUCGAGACGCUGAGAAGUACCUCCUCAAACUCAACCCCUUCCUGGACCCAAAUAUGCUCCAAGACGUCUUUAGUCUCGUCGGCGGCGUCCUGUUGGCGGUGAAUCGCCGCGCCCAAGUGUGUCGCUGUCUCCGCGAGGUCGUCUCCCUUAUGCGGCUCUUGAAGCAGCACUCGACGGCGCUUCACACCCCGUCCUCGGCGGCUGAGAAAGAAAAAGGCCACGGGCGUCUGUCGAGUCUUCUGCCGCGGGCCUUCCAUCGCGAGGCGACUUCGACACGAUCCGCAGCCUCAACUUCUCUCGCGCCGAGCGCCGCGCCCCAGGGCGCUGGCAAACUCGAGUGCAGCGACACCACCCGUCGCGGCGAAAGGGCGGCUGAGCGAGAACCCGCGAAGGAAGACCUGGAACAAGCGAUCCUGGCCAUCCGCAUGCGGGCGGCCAGCUGCGCGGAGCAGCUCUCCGCACACCGCCACUCCAUGGACUUCCCCGCGUCUUCGGAGGGUCCGGGAACCCGGGCGUCGUACGACCCGCGGUAUCUGGUGUUUGAGUUUGCGUACAACAUUCUGUUGCGCGCGUCGCAGGUCGCGCUGCUGAGCCAGUUCCGCAAGCACGUCGAGGAAGGCCGAUCGCUGUGUCACCAGAUGAUCAUGGGAGCGGGGAAGACGACGGUGAUAGCGCCGCUUCUCGCGCUGCUGCUGGCGGACGGGUCGCGCUUGGUGGCGGAAGUCGUCCCGCUGAAUCUGCUCGAGUUCACGCGGUCGGUGCUCAGGGAGCGGUUCUCGGCGGUCAUUCGCAAGGGCGUCCACACCUUCCACUUCUCGCGCUACGACCACGCCAGCCGGCAAGUCUAUCUGAAGCUGCUCCAGGCGAAGGAGACCAAGGCCGUCGUCCUCUUCGACCCCACGACGCUCAAGAGCUUCUUCCUCAAAGCUGUCCACCUCCUCCACACCCUCGACCUCGCCUACCGCGCCCGCGAAUACGUCGCGGAAGUCGAGCGUCUCUCCGAGAUCGAGAAGGCCAUGCUCGCAGGCCGCUCCCAGCUCCAGAAACUACAAAGCAACUUCGCCAAACUCCUCGGCUUCCAGAAGUCCGACGACCGCGACUUGUAUCUGGACGCGGCGUCGCUGUCUGUUCCCGAGCGUUUGACUGAGCCGGAGCUGCGGCAGUGUCGGCGAGAGCUGGACUUCUCACUCCGCAUUUUGCACCUCUUUUCGACGGGGAUUCUGAUGAUCGACGAGGUGGACCUGAUUCUUCACCCGCUCCGAAGCGAACUGCACUGGCCGGUCGGCCGGAAGCAGCCGCUCGACUUCACGACGAAGGAAACGUCUCUUCUGCCUCUACCGUCUUCUCUCUGCGCCGGCGCGAGUUCCCUCCGAAGUUCAGACCGCAGUCAGUCAGCAGACGGCGGCUGCAUGCGUGAGGGCGCCUACGACGGCGCGCGCGGAGACGCCCAGGGACAGCAUUCUGGGGAAGGCCCCGCGCGCGACCCUCCUCUCGCGUUUCUCUUUCUGGAGGAAGACCGCGGCGCGGGGCUCCGCUGGAAGCUGCCGUGGCAUCUCUUCGACGCACUGUUCUUCUGCGAGAGCGAGGCGAAGACGCAGGGACGGAAAGCGGAGAAGCAUCCCGGCCGGAUGACUGUGCCGCUGACCAACAGCGCCGAGGCGUGGAAGAUUCUCCACGAGAUUCGCGAGACCGUCCGCGGAGGACUCGCACAGAAGGCUGUCUUGAAAAACCCCCACCUUGUUCUCCUCUCGCUCAAGUGGUACGAAGAAAAGCUCAAACCCCUCCUCGCCAGGUGGCUUUUCCUCGGCCUGACGGUCUUCUGGAAAUUCGCUGGCCUCACAGACCAAGAAGCCCUCCUCUACAUCACUCUGCCCAUGGACGUGGGCCCGUCCGCGGCAGCCCGCGCAGCUUCUGUCGCCGCUCCCGCGAUGGGCGAGGGGAUUUCUGCUUCGGCGUUCAGCGGAGAUCUGAUGUACGUGGAGCUCUUUGAAGCCGUCGACCGCCUGCAAGACGGUCACGUCAAACUUCUCAAUCUCUCGAGAGAGUGGCUAAACAGCCUGCUGCCCCACGUCCUCAAAAAGGUGAAUCGCGUCAGCUACGGCGUGAUGACGGUUUCAGAGCUGGAGCAGCAUCUGCGUUUGAACCCUUCGUUGCCGCGAACCCGGCAAGUCUUGGCGAUUCCCUUCGUGGGGAAGGACACGCCGAGCCACGCCUCUGAGUUUGCGCACCCUGACAUUGUGAUUGGCGUCACGAUCUUGAGUUUCCGCUACCAGGGUCUUCGCUUCUUCGACUUUGUUGCAGUUCUCACGGACCUCCAAGAGCGUCUGGAGUCGCAGUUCUCCUUCGGGCCUGUCUCUGCGCGACCGCCGGUGCGCGAAUACGUCCAGUGGGUCGAAAGUGCAGGCGGGAGCGUGCGCGGGACCCAGCAGCGCGUCGACAAAGACACCGCGUGGAUACGCAGUCUCCUCCUCAAGGCGAAGCGCGGCCAUGGAGAGCCCCGCGGCGGUUUUGAAGGCGGCAAGGCAGCGGAAAGCGGGUCGCGGGCACACACGGCUGCAGGCGCGACGACGACGGCCACGGAGAGCUCAGAAACCUCCGGGGGGUUCUCAACUGAAGACGAAGGGCCGACGCAAGACGUGUACGCAGGAGACACGAAGGCGAAGAAGACGAGGCUCGCAAGGCUGCGGAGUCUCGGGAGUCGCCGGCGGGCGUCUCUGGGCGCGUCGCGGUCGCGCGCCCUGCCCGGCGCGGCCUCGCAAGGGUCGCCUGCGUCGCGGGUGUCUCAUGUGUCUCCAGGCGCGGCGCAUCCGUUGUUCUCGCACGUGUAUCCGCCGGAUGUGGAUGAGCACGGGGGGCGGACAACGACGCGCGACCUCGACUUUCUGUUGUUUCAAAAGAUCUGGCCGCUGGACCUGCUGGACGUGUCGGACCGCGAACACGUGGACUGUCUGUACCGGCUCCUGUGGCGCGAGCCGCUGGUGAUUGCGGCGUACCUCUUCCGGUUGAUCUUCCCGGCGACUCUCGAGUACGCGGGCCAGCAACUUUCGGCGUCGGGGCAGGAGAUCGGCGGCAGUAUGCUCUUCCCGAUCCGCCUCGGGUUCUCUGGAACGCCCUCAGAUCUGCUUCCCUUGGAGAUGGGUGCCUGCAACUACGAGGCCGGAACAGACGGGAAGAUGGUCAAGUGCCUCACCGACCCCGGCGUCCUCUCCUUCGAGGUUCUGCAGGACAACUGGACUGUCGACGCCCUGCUCGACUUCGUGGCGCGAAACUCAGGCGGCGGCGAAAGGCGAAGAGACACUGACAAGAUGAACGAUGCAAGCGAGAAGGGACCGGAGACGCGAGGCGAGACUGGGGGAGGUUGGAGACGAGGAGCAAGAAACGGUGACUGCGACGAGACGGGACGCUUCGGCCGACCCCUCGUCCUGAUCGACACCGGCGCGCUGAUCACGGGGAAAUCAAAUCUGGAAGUCGCCGCGAUUCUUCUCUCCCGCGGGUUGCCCGACAUGGAAGGAGUCGUUUUCCUAGACGAACGAGACCGACAAAUGGUCCUCAUGCGAGAAGACUGGCGCGUCGUCAAACUCGCCCAGUGCGGCAUCGCCGUCGACAAACGCUUUACGUUCUACGACCAUGUCCACACGACUGGCCAGGAUAUCAAGCAGGCUCCAGACGCCACGGCCUUCCUCACGGUCGGCAAAGACAUGACGUUCCGCGACUACGCGCAGGGCGCGUGGCGCAUGCGCGAGAUCGGGAAAGGCCAGAAGAUUUGUCUGCUGAUUCCGCCGGAAAUCGGCGAGCUCGUCGUCAAGCACGCGCGUCUUGCGCAGACUCUCCGUUUUGACGAGACGCUCUUCCCUCAAGAGGAACCGGCGCCUGGUGGUCUCUGCGCCUCUGGCGGCGGAUCAACCCCCGCGGGCAACGCUGCACCAUCUCGCCUCGCCCUCCCUCCCUUCCCUUCUUCCACUGGGUCUGCAUCUUCCGUCUCCUCUUCCUUUUCGUUGGCCGCCUCUUUCGCCUCCGCGGUGUCUCCGGGCCCUGUGUGGGGCGACGGCGUGGGGCGGCUCGACCUUGGGGCGACCGAGGCAGGCAGCGCAUGCAGAAGCCGCCAGCGCAAGGCGCUGAGUCGGGAACAGAUCGCGCGUGGGCUCCAAGAGAUCUGCAGCUGGCUAGUGGUCCGGUCGAUCGCAAACGAGUCGCUGCAGUCGCGGCUCCUCUCCCAGCAGAAUCUGAUGAAUGUGUGGCGGAAGCAGGCGUACGGUCGCCUCCAGACGGACCACUCGAGCAUUGGGACCACGGAAACGUCCUUCUUGCUGCUGCGCUGUCUCGAUGUAUUCCGCGAGAAGAUCGACUUCGCCGUCUCGACGCGAGCGCCGAUUUUGCUCUCGCAGCACGCGAAGCUGACGGCGAUGGCCGAGGCGCACGCAGACUUGCUCGACGACGCCGACGAGGAAGAAGCCCGAGUGGUGAAGCGGAAAAUCGUCUCGAUUCUCUGCAGGGUCGAGCAACAAACCGAAGACGCGCGCGAACAAAAGCGGAACAGCAAACUCCUCGGCGGCUCGCAGGCGUUCUUCAACGAAGGCGCGUUCGAAGGCGCCGACGCCGCCCGCAUCGACGCCAUGGAAGCCGAGGUCGAACAGGAACAAGAACAGGAGCAAGAACAGGAACAGGAACAGGAGCAAGAGCAGGAGAUUGAGCAGGAGAAGGAAGAGGAGCGCGUUCCGGAGAUCGAAGAAUCGGCAGCAGCGCUCAAGUACUCCCGUUCGGACCAGGAGCAGAAACCGUGGCAUCUCCAUACACUGGCGGAGGCCCCAGACACCCACGCCCAAGGGUUCUACCCGUGCGCGGAGUGGUCUAUCUUCCACAAACUCUCGCAGCGACCGGGGAAGACAGCGCCCUUCCCGCCUUGCUUCCUCAUGUCUUCGAACCACUUCCGGCCGUCCUGGAGCUACAACUCGCACCGGCGACUGAAGAACGUGAUCAUCGUCAUGGAAUGGCUGCCAGACUGGGAGCGCGGAGCCGCGGGGGCGGAGGCCGAGGCGAGUGCGCGGCAGAGUCGCGGGUUCGAUGCGCAGGAAAGGAGACAGUGCGAGGAAGGCGAGCGGCGAAGGCGCGUCAAGGAAAUCUUUGAGUUGUUCGACACCCGACGCCGAGGCGUGAUCGACGAAAGCGACUUGCCAGAGUUCCUUCGCGCGUACCUCCUCGAGGUCGGGACGCCCGACGAAGCCAAGGUUCUCGCCUACCUCGUUCUCCAGCGCAUUCGGCAACGUCGACGCAAAGACGGAGGUCGAGAUCUGCCUCCUGCUUCAGCCGGAUCUGCGUCGUCUUCGCUGUCGCCUGAAUCUACGUCUCUGCUGUCUCGCGCCUCGCACCGCGUCGCCUCUGCCGUGAACACGAUGAAUCCGCUGAACUUGCGGAGACGGCCCUCGGCCUCCGGGGUAUCUCUCGCGACUUCAACCGCUUCCGAUCCCUCCAACGAGGCGCUGUCUCUAUCGCGCUCCGGCCGCGAUGCCCCGUGGCUCCCGACUGAUGCAGAGCACGGCAACCGGCCGAACGGCGUCGACGCGUUUGCGGCGCUCUUUGGCGAGACGCCUGGGCGUGUGGGGGGUGCGGAAGAGAAACCGCGGCACGGAGAAGAGAUUCUCUUUGAGCCGGACCCGUUCUCCCUGUUCUCGCCUCAACCGGGGGCGGUCGCCCCUGCAGACCAGAUCGGGCGUAGCUCCGCGUCGAACGCCACCGACCUUCUGUCCAGCGGCCUCACCUUCUCGACGUCUCCUCUCCCCGGCUUGGAAGGCCUGACGAGUCCGUUCCGCGAAGACGCGCAGGAUGCAUGCAGUCUGACGCAAGAGGCAGCUGCGCGGGAGUCAACGGGUCUUUCAGACGUUUCUGCGCGGGCUGGGGGCACGGCCAGUCGCGAUGCCAAGUCAGAGCUCACACUCGAGGACUUGACAUACGCCCUCUCGGACGCUCUGCUCUUUCAGGAAGAAUCGAGUCACUUCUAUGUCGUCCUCACCCUCGAGGAGGCUGAAGGCGUUCGCGCGGCGCUCCACGUCAUGCAGCAGCGGAACUGCUCGUCCCUCGUCGAGGGAAAGCGGUGCGCGGUCGCCCUGAGAAACCUUUCUGCGCGAUUCCAAACCGUGGAUGCCUCGCCUCUCUUUCAAACGAAAAAACGCAGGCUGGCUUCGCUGGUGGGCGUGCAAUCGCAGAAGAUGCACGCCUGUUCCCGUUUCCUCAACAGUUGUCUGUUGUACUCGAACCGGCACGUUUCGCUGCUUCUCCAGACGUUCGAGGGUACACCGUGUCGGGAUCGCGAAGAGUUUUUCUUCGCCGUGCGCCAGUGUCGGCGCCGGAACCAGGCGGCAGACUGGCGGCUCCUGCCGAUCGCGCGGCUCUUCUCCUGCGCCGAGGACCUCGCGGUUCUCCAGGGACGCACGCUGCUCGUGAGUCGCCUCCGAACGGUCCUCCGGGACAAACGGAUGUCGGCGUCGGACGCGUUCCGGGCCUUCGACGUGGUCCGCCGAGGCUCCCUGCAGGCCGCGGAGCUCGUCGCGGGGCUCGAGUGGAUCGGCGUGAGGCAGCUGACGGGUCCAGCCGACCCGCAGCGCGUGGCGGAAGUGUUGAGGUUCUUCGACGUCGACCGAGACGGCGUCGUCAGCGAGGCAGACUUCCUCGCGGUGGUUGGCGGCCAACUGCCUGGGCAGCCGGAGGGGACGCGCGAGGCCGCCGACGGGGCAGCGGCUCCAGGGCCGACCGCGGAGGGGCCCGCGGGCACGGAGCUCGACGGCUCGGCGCGGGCGGUCCUCGCGCCGAUCCGAGGCGUCGGCGAGCGUGUCUUGGGCGCAGUCCUCGGGGAGACGUCGCCCCUUGCCCGCAGGCCUGCAGACGACGGCCAGGCCGCGCCGCUGUGGAAGGUGCUCGGCGUGCGGCCGUGCACUGCGCCGAUGGAGUUCGUCAGCAAGCUCAAGUUCCGGAUUCAGCCGCACACGGCGUUCAAGAAGCUGUGGGAAGGCCGUGUGGUGUCGCUCGCGGGGAGCGGCUCUGGACUCGCGGAGGCGAGUCUCGCGCCCCAACAGCGCGUCCUCUCGAUCUGGAUGUGCGACCAGCUAGAGGGCCGCCACCGCGGCUUGAUGAAGCGGAACCGCGAACGGCUCGCCUUUGGCCACUACGCCUGUCUCGGGUCGGACAUCUCCAAAGCGAGCACCGCCGACAGUGCGGCGGGCGGGUCUGCAGAGAAAGGCGGCCAGGGUUGCUGCCCAAGCGUCCUGGAAAUCACCGACCCGUCCACCUCUGUCAUGUCUGAGAGCCUCGAACUGCAGCGCUUCAUCGAGACGUUCUUUCCCCUGCCUGCGCGCUACCGAGUCCUCUGGCGGGGGCCAGGCUCCUCGGCGUCUGGGCCUGCGCCCUCGAAGCAGGCCGCGCUCGCCGCCUCGCCGCUCACCCUGUGGGUCGGCGUUCCGCCGUCGUCGCUCUUCGUCUGCCUCGGCGUCGCCGUCACUGCGAGUCGCAGCGCAAGUCCCGCGCCGAACGCGCUGCGGUGCGUCCCGCGAAAGUGGGUCCGCGACACCGGCAGAAAGGCGCUCUACCUCGGCGAGAAACGUGCCAACUUCUCGACCUUUGGGGCCGGAGACGCCGACCUCGCCCUCCUCCUCGAAGCCGAGAAAAACCUCCAGCUGCGGAAAGGAACCAAACGCCGCGACGACGACCUCGUCCUCUGGAGCGUCGGCGAGAUGGCCCUGAUGGCGGCGACGAUCGGCGGCGAAGACGAACCGACGGCGAAGAACACACACAGCGUGGGGCCCGUCCCACUCGCAGGCGCAAGCACCGGCGGAGUUGUGUGGGGCGACUUCCUGUCGCCGUCCUUCCGGCUGGAGCCGGAGCGCCCGCGGACGUUCCCGGGGGGUGGGGAUGGCGCCUCAGGCCCGCAAGAUCUCCUCGCCACGAAGGGGACUGAAGUGGACACCUGCCGAGCUGCCGCCCUCAUCCCGCGGCUCGUGCCGAAGGCCAAAGGCGGAUGGUAG